AUGAGAAGACCACAUGGUUUCCUGGUCGACGGAUGCCGUGCCGCGGUGCAUUCCUCAGCUCUGAGCCCAUCAGCACCAAUGCCCACCUUCUCCGAUGACGCGCAACAGGAAUUGGUCAGGUUGCAGCAUCACAGUGCCAUUGGGGUGGUAAGCAGCGGUAGCAUCAGUGCAUCCUGGUCAGGGUUUUCGGAACCUCUCACGACCAGUCUCAGUACGAUGCACACGAAGCCACCACUGUGCUCCGCCGCAUCAGCGCAGCUUUUUACGCAGCUACAACACGUCGAGGGCAAGGAGUUAUGGAUUGUGCGGUUUGCCAAGGCGGUAGCUGAUCUAGUGAACACGGCGUCGUCGCCGCAACCGCCUACGAUGAGGACGAGUGUUAAAAGCGGUGGUCUUCACACGAACCGACUGCUUGCGCCUGCGCUGUUGUCGCCCUCGCGCAACUACGCGACAACGCAGCGACCCAGCAAAGACGACGGAGUUGACGGGAGCCCCGCAACUUCUUCUCCGUCGUCUUCCCCGCCGUUGUCACAACAAUGGUGCCCUGCAGAGAGCGCACCGGCUAUUCAGCGAAAACUGACGUCGCAGCGCUUCUGCCAUCGUCGCGAAAAGGGCAAAAAAAGGGGUAACGGAGCGGGCCGGAAAGCGGACGAGAUGGCAAAACGAGCUGACUCGAAUGCGCAGCCGCCUUCACGAGAAAGCAACGACGCACCGCAGCAGCCUUUGUCGUCGUCAUCGCCGCCGUCCUCAGCGUUUUCAUCUCGCCGUGGUGGGCAGCGCUGUAGCUCUUCCUCACGCCUUGUACGCGGCCCCGCCGCCGAACCUGCCCAGUACAACAGUGGAAAGGCGCUUGCGACGUCUGGGGCCGCACCAUCGAGGCCGAGGUUUUUAAACGGUGGAAGGAAAGGCACACAGCGGCGUCAAUUGGGGGUGCCACAGAGAGGCGAAGGUGACGUGUUUACGCAGUGGAGCGACGCCCCUGUGGUGCGGUCACGCAAGGUGGAUGCGUCGCGGCCGCACACAACAGACGGUGCUACACCUCUCACGCACAACUCACAACGAAGCGCGACACACAUAUUGCAAUCGGAAGAGGCCACACCAAAGGGGACUGCGCCUUCAGCAACGCGUCCGGCCCCAGCAGCACCAACGACAUCGAGAAGCGAUGUUGAAUGGUCCUUUCUUCAGCAGCGAGCUUCACCACAUACACAGCCCACCAAGUCAGCCCCCUUCUUCGCCAAAACGGGUAAAAUGGAUUUUGUGCCGCUGCGAAAGCUGCUGCACAAUCACAAGACGUUCGAACAGAACUUUGCCACCCUGAAGCGGAACAGUGCCGUUGUUGCCUCAUUUGAGCGCCUUGGCAUGGAGGCACUCGCACGGAGUGGCCUGCUGGAAGCGCUGGCGGAUGUCUUUACGCACGUCGAAGAAAAACAACGCGCUUCAGCUGAGGGGGCGGUGGGGCCCGAAGAGAGAAAUACUGGAGUCGGCACGGCUGCUGCGUCUUCCUCGGUGCGGCUCGUACUCACACACCUGAGCGGGGCAUCAUCGCUCCCUGCAGCGUCGCCUGUAAACGAUUCAGGUGUGGAGGUUGCGACGCUGGAGGUCUCGCAGCGCGUGAUCGAUUGGCUGAACAGCCCCAUUGAAGCUCCGCCGCUGACGGCAGCGGAGAUGAUGGCUUCGAUCGACGAUGAAGUGACGGUGUUCGAGACGAUGAGGGCACGGACAAAUGACAGGUCUUUACGCUCUGGGAGUACCGAAGCAGCUCCAGGCAGCGAGCGAAAGGAAGAGGAGCUUACCGACAGCGGCGCUCUCCAGUGGUACGCACAGUGGGGACGCCAGCGCACCGAACUGCCGGUGCAGGACCCUUCCGAUGCGGUUCCUGCAUGCUCCACGCCGCCGGUGGACAGGUGCAUGUCUCAGUGGUACGAGCGUCACGUUCUUUUAUCACGGGCGUUGCUGCUGCGCUUUCGCGAUGUCGAUCGUGCGUUGUCAGCUGUACGUCACAAACCGUCUGCGGCAACGGGAGAGAGUGUCAAAGAUGCGUCUCUUGCUGACUGGCGUUUGCUACCGCGUACAGCGGCCCCACUCGAUAAGAAUGCCCGGUUGUUCGACGCUCGCCAGGGAGGAGGAGACGGGCCACCGACGCGGCCGGAUCAGACGUUGGCGGACGAAAUGCGUCUGCUUCUUGAUUCGCUAGGCGAGGUGCUGCAGUCCCUUAUUGUGUUCAAGCAGUCCGUGGAAGGUGCGCGACUCAUGACCAGCAUCUCCAUAGCGAGCGAAGGACGAGACAUUGGGAUCAGUGGUGCUGAAGUCUCCAACACGAACGAGACGGCGGCGCCAUCCGGCGCGGAUGAAGGCAGCGCCGCCGUCGAGGGUGGCGAAUCAACGCAGAGAGAGACCCUUUUUGCUCAGCUGCAAUGCGCUCUUCGGCAGCUGCAACAAGCCGAAAUAGCGAGCACUGCUGCAGUGCCGUCGACCAAUCCAAAGGAGAUCGAUUCCGCAAGCGGCUCCCGUGACGCUGCAACCAUGGAAACCGUCUCUGCCGCACGAGAACGGGCGCGUCGUGCAGGUGACAAAUGGCUCUCCUUGGUCUCGCGUGUCGAUGUCCUGCAUAGGAUACCCGAGAGAGCGACAUCAACCGACGAACAGACUCACGACGCCAUCCUUGCAGUCGUAUCUCCCUCCUAUUCAACCGCCACCGCUCAGAGUUCUUUGGCUCGCACCCCGCUGUACUCCAUUUCUGUGCUGGACUUACUUCUUAGCGUCUUCCUGCGCUGCCUGCUCUUUUACGUGCCUGCGCUGCCGUACGCCACCCGCCGCGCCGUCGUCGUCUGCCUUGCAGAACCAUGGGUCACACAAAAGCAAAGCGUAGUGGUGUCGCGGUGGAUGACGCUGUUCGCGGUGAAGGCGCUUUUCGUUGCCUCUGCCGUCGCUGCAAUGGGUCCCAGCAGUAGCAAUAUCAGCAGCAGCGGAGUCCCAAGCAAGUUGACCACGCGGUCCAAUGACGCUGCUGACUUCGCACACCUGUUGUCUGAUCAUGUCACCUACAUCUUACGCACCACCGUGAAGUUGCUGCGUUCACUGUGCUGGCCCACCGUCUUCGACUACCGCGCGACCGUGGUGCAGCGGGUCUUUGGUCUGCCACAGGUGGUGGCGCAGGACGCCAAAACGAGGUCAAUGGAAGCAGAAAACGACGCCGGCAUACAGCACCGCAUCGCAUCGUCAGCUAGUGUAUCUGUGUGGAGGAAGGCGGCGAGUGUGUUGGAGAGCAGUGUGGCACACCAGUCCGAAGGGUAUGCGUUGCUUCUCUUUUUUAUCACUGUCGUUGACCGGGUAGGCGUGCUCGACGAUACCGCAUCGCUCGUGAGGGCACACAGCAGCAGACGUGCCGGCCUUAGCGAGAAUCAAAGCAGCACACUUGAACGCGAUUUUGAUGGGCAUGAGAGUUGUGGUGCAGCUCACCGCACGCCCUGGACAACCACCCAAACGCGCUCUUUCCUGUCGACAUGUUUUCUACUGAUGGACACCGAUCGGUUCAUUUCGACUCGAUUCUACAAUCUGCAGCGGAAGGGCGAGUUUAACACCACGAGUUUCUUUUCCCUGCCUUCUUCACCUGCGUCGCCGCUGCUGCUGCCGCUGCCACAGGCGCCCUCGUGCACGCAGACGUGUGCGUUGCAAACGGCUUCCCUGUACGGACUGGCGCGGCAGACGUUUUUUGUUUUUCAUCAAGAGCUGAUCGAGGCGUGGCCGAAAGCGAUUCACCCCAAGUCUCAGAUGCUCUGGGAUGUCUUCCGCUGCGCCGUUGCGGCUCCGGCGGCUUCCGUGCUGUACCACACACGCAAACCGUCGAGUGGGAGUGCCGAAACGGCUGAGUUGGCGUUUGUUCGCGGUGUCGCGGGGACGGCGGAGUGGCAGGCGUCUGCGCCUGUGCUGCGUUGCUUCAGCCGCAGUGCGACACCUGCUGUGUGGAGGACGAUGUGGGCCUACGUGUCAGCCGAGCUGACAAGUUUCCCAGCGCAGAUGAGGGCCAUGCUCCUAGCGGCAAGAGACAAGGCAAUGCACCACACCUCGCGUGAUCAGACCUCGUCUUCUCAAAAACGAAUUAGAGAUGCAGCAGGUGUGCAGGAAAAUGACCAGGAUGAAGACAAGGCGACGAAUGCCUUGCGCGCGUGCUGGACGGAGCUUAGCGAACUGGCAUUGAUGUGUGCCUGGCUGCUCGUCGCAGCAGAGCACGCCUUCGUAGUGAAGGCGCCGCUGUCUCUUGAGAAAGGGACACAUGACGUGUGUGGUGUAAUGGGCGAGCUCGAAGAUCGCGUCGGGAACGCCUUUGCCACGUGUGUGAAGAGCGUCCUGGCUGUGUGGACGGAGGCUGGGACGACCGCAGAUGCAGGACGACACCUUCUUGAGUUGUUCACUCUUCGCAGCGCCUGCGGGUCCACCGAAGAGGAACACAACAACCCGGAGAAGGCGCCGGAUGCACUGUUGCAGCAGCUGAUACGAGUUUUCAGAGCGCAGGUGUGGACCGUGACGCUGGAGAACCUCGUGCGAGAGUGGAAGACGCAAAUGCGGCUUGUGCAGCAGCAAGCUUCAACUGCUGCGUGUCCACCGCCAGGAAACAACACGGGGAGCGCAGACGAUGCCGCAACGACAGAUCACCCCGCCGCGCAAGCCGCCAACGCUGCUGCUGCUCCUACACUGCUCGCUACGGCGCACUGUCUGCAAGAGCUCGCGGAUGCCGAUCCGUGUAUUCUUGGCUGGUGGCGUUCCCUACAGGCGGAGGACGCCGGGCUGCCGUCGAUUCGUGUUUACUUACUUCAGGUUUUCGUUGAGCUGCGGCGCAUCGUGGUGUCGCGACGAGGCCAAGGAAAGGUCCAAAAGUCCAACAGUGCUGCGCGCGACUCUGUCGUGAGGACGCAGACGGCCACGUCGUCGGAGGCUUUGGCGCAACCACCAAAGACCGAGCGCUGUGAGGCGCCGUCGCUAGCCGAUGCGACAGCCGCUCGCGGAGGAGCAGAAGCGACGGAGGCAAGGUUAGCGUCAGAUGUUUUGGUCGAGGAGCGGGACGGAGGUGCGGAGGGAGGUACGGAAGGGACACCAUUGGCAGCCUCGUGGUCGGUCUUUUCUCCUGCCGAACUCGUUGUCAUUCUGCGCUUACUCGCGACCAUCUCCACACGGGGUGGCUUGACAACAGCGAACCUCUCCAUCAGGUCAGCAGCGAAGCAGAGGAACACCAAUGCCAGCGGGGAUGAGACGUUCUCGGCUAGUCGCGCAGGAUCUAUCUUAGACCCUUUGUUUCGCGUUGCGUUGCACAACGCUAUGACCACUACGGUGGCUGCAACGGUGUCUUCUUCAUCCCCCAUACCGUCUGAAGACGCGAGCUCUGCAUCGGCCACGGAGGCAAGAGGCGCGGCUCCUGUGAGCUCUACGGCACCUGACUCUGUUUCUGACAUCGUGCAGGUGAUGGAAGGGAUUGAAAAGGCGCUGCUGGGCAGCAUUUCGGCCAACGUAUCGUCUUUGCCCGCUGCGACGCUCGUGGAGGCGGCGUGGCUCGGCCUGUGCUCGCUGUCCAGCUUGUCCGAAGCUUUUCGCGCAGCAGGCGCACCUGUUGAUCGAAGGGUGACGACGGUGGCGAGGGAGACGCGGACUGCUUCGUCGAAAUGGCUUGAAGCGUUGCACGCGGACGUGCGCACGAGCACGCACACCCGGCUUCUGUGCUGCUUUCUGCUCUAUCGCCACUACAAUGUGCUCUGCCUCGGUGACGGGACGAAUAGGUUGUGCAGCGCUACUGCCGAGGUGGCAUACAACCAUGCGAGGCCAGAAAACUGUUCACAGGACGCGACUUCUACUUCUACUCUCGCUGACGAUGCAUGCACACCGUUGUUGUCGCUAUCGAAACUUUUUGUUGUGAUUCGCGCGAGCUGCGCCGAAGCGAUUGAGAACGUGUUUGAAGCCGCAACCACAACAGCAGUAGCAGCACCGGAUUCGAAUAGUAGUGCCGCUUCCAAUAAGCACAAUCGCGUUGAUGCUGACACAGAGGGGGGUGUUCGUCCGAAGUCGGCGCCGUCUACGUCGCCGAAAGAGACGGUAGUUGCCGCCGCCGCCGUUGCUUCUCCGCAAAAUGACGAGGGGAGUGAGGCGGCGGCAUCGCCGUUGAAGGCCCAUGCAAGCCGGUUCUUGCAGGUUUUCGUGCUGUCCAGCGAAUUGCACCAUCGUCUCUCUGUGCAGGAGGCGUGCCGCGUGAACUCUCUGACCAGAGACCGAGGGAGUUGUAAACCGUCAAACGAAAUGGACGAAGGAAAGCAGCGCACCCUGAUGCACCUGUACGCGACGCUACUGGCGGCGGUCGAAGCUUUCCUGCCUUUUCACGAGUGCGGCAGCUGCACGGAGGUGGUUCAAAUGAUGAGCAUCCUUACUUGUCGGAUGCAGGAAUUGGGCGUUCUUGACCGGGACGGAGCGCUGCCUUUGAAAAACAACAACCUGACUCCCAGCUCGACCUCGGGGGACGGGCGGGAUGACGCUCGGAGAGAGGGAGGAGCUUCAACGCGGCUCGUUGAACCAGCAACAACCUUCACCGUAUCCGUUCCUCUUCAUGAGGAAUCGGCGUUGAUGCUCGACAUAGGAGGCAGCGAGACUGCGAAUGCCAACUCUGGCCGUUAUCUCUUUCAGCGUUACUGCACCGCGUUGCAGGUUCUGAUGCCGUACGUUGAUGCGGAGGUACUCGCCAUGUCCAAGCGCGAUGUGCCGCGUGUGCUGGAACUAGUGUUGGUCGUCAGCGCCAAGCAGGCGGUGGAGCGUACGAUGCGAGGAAUGCUGAUGACCAACGGGCAGAUGUGCAGUGAACCGCCAACAGGGCAAAGGGAUGCAUCAAUCGCUCCGAGUGCAAGCAACACGUGCACCAACGCAAGAGGUGAGAGAUUGUUGAGGAAAGAAGACGAUACGCUCAUUCGUGCACUUGCGCAGGCGAGCAGCCCCUCUCCCCGUCUUAUAGCGACCGCGUGCACCGCACCCUCUUCUUCUAAACCGACCCCGUCGUUUACUAGCAAACGCAUCUGGUCCAUGAUUCCGUUGGAGGCUCUUCUCCACCGCGCAAUUGCGGCGCCGUUUUUGGCGUACCGCCACAACGAACAAUUUUGUGCACUGGCGACUCUUGCCCCGGAGUUGGCUGCGGCGCUGCUCCCCUGCGUCACUGUGUGGCAAGAUCGCACCUUUGCGUUCCAUAUGGACACGCUCGAGUUGGGCUUUUUGUCCGCCGCGGCCUGCGCACUCGCACACCAUCAGAGGAACCAGGAGGAGGUAUACAGGCGCGAUAGCGUGCCGCUCUUGGCCACCGCGCUAACGUCGAACGGAGGCGGCGCACCGCAAGAUCUCACAAGCAGCAGGGAUGACCGGAUGACGCGCAGCGCAUCUCAUGACUCUAGUAGCCCUACGCGAGAAAGAGAACAGGCGCCUUCUUUCUCCACCCUGUCCUCUCCGACGCUCCGCAUUGGCGAGGUGAGCAUGACGGACAUGCCAAGCUGUGGUGAACUUUUCGAUGAGGAACAGAAGCGGCAACAAUACCUGCCUAUCUAUCGUUCUGCCGGCUCGCUGUCCACUGUGCGUGGGAUCCCACCGCAGCUGCGACGAGGGUGGGUUGCUCUCACGCGGCGUUUGUUGGAAACGGAUACCGAAGGCACUGUCCGAUUUCGCGGAGACGACGGUGGUGGUGGUAAUGGUGGUGCUACCGGCAGUGUGUCAAUAUGGGUAGCGGCUUUGUACUGCGGCGGCGUUGUCGGUGCAGCGGAGACGCAGCUUUUUGAGCAGCUGUUGGCCUGCUUCGUCUUCAACCCCGUCUUUGCGAAAGCGAAGGAUGGGUCACCAACGGUGGGUGAUGUCGCUGCACGGCAAGGGGCAGGCGAACCGCGCAUCGCCCAGCUCAGCGCCACGGGCUGGACUCUUCUGAUUGCGGCAUGCGCCACCGCAUCGGACCAUCAUUAUCGAAACGGCUACCGCGCCCUUUUGAAGGAAGAACUGAUAGAUUUUCUGAACCAGUUAAAGUUGCGUAAUCGUAGGGACACUGCGGAGUGUCCUUCAUCGUGUUUUGUCCAGCGUAUCUCCUCAUCACUGGGACCUGCACUCUGCGGCUUGUUUGAGGCACUCCCGAAGCUGUUCAUUGAGAACGUUGAGUUUUGGGAAGGCGUGGUGAAGCGCGCUGUCACGCGGUGCUGUGACGAUCUGAGCAGCGUCGGGUGUUCAAGCGAAGGGAGCAGGGCUGUCAAUGCCAGUUCUUUACUAGUGAAAGAAUGGACUGAGCAAUGGAAGCGUAGCUUCAAUUUCGCGGUAACAAGCGUCGGACACGCGUCGUUGGCGUUUCCAGAUGUGUGGACCGAUGAGGACGGUCGUGCAGCGGCAGAGGCGAUGGUAGAGAGGAUGGAGCAGAGCAUACGGGAGCUGAAGCAGGCAGCGCCUGCCAGCGUUACGGUAGAGCGAAACACAGGAGACGUUAAGGCAACUCCACACAUCCAGAAGUCGAAGUACGUGCCUCUCGAAACGCGUGUUUGA